GCUGUCAUUUUCGCAGCAAUGCAUUUGGUAUUUGAUGUCAAGUUAGCAGUCUAGUGUAUGUGUAUACUAAAGAUGCUGUCGAGCCAUGUGGCAAGUUGGAGCUUAUUAUGACACAAUUAAAAAAUAUCAACGUAGUGUCAUGAAUUUAAUAUGUUCUCUGUGAUACAAAAAAAAUUUAACCCUACUUCAUGACGUUCAACGUGGAUGACUUAUAAAUAAUGAUUGUUAUGCUAGAAUUUACAUUGUCUCAUUAAACAAUGAGACUGUUUAUAUUGGCUCAUUGAACGUUGUUACAUUGUUACCUAUAUUUUACUUAAAUGGUUUAUGCUGUCCUUUUAAUUAAUAAUGGAAGGCGAUCUAGAACAAUUUCUUGCUGAUACUUGGCACGAUAUUGCUGGUUUUGUUAAUGAAUCUGCGGUCUAUAUAGAUCAUGCGGCAACGGAAUGUCUUCAUUGGUAUACCGGCGGCAAGGUAUAUUCCUUCUUUAAGGCUGCUGGUGCAGUGUCGGUUCACGAACAGGCCAUGUACAACUUUCGCUAUAUUAAAGUGCAGAACUGCAAAAAGGUAGUGAUCAUUUCUACUUCUAUCAAUCUAACUUUUUAUCAACGUACAGUUAAGAUGAUAUUAGAGAAAAAUGCAUUCGAGCACUGUACGAUUAUUACUGCUGCGCACUCGAGCGUGUUGAAUUAUGACGAUACAGUGUCAACGGAGGAUCGAGUGGAUUAUGCCAAAUUAAAGAGAGACGUAAAAAGCUGGAUGCAGUCUAAUCAGCAGUUAGAGGACUGCUCGGUGACAAUACUAUUUCGGCCAGUUUUCAUUAGUCUAAUUGACAAUGGUCUGUUUGUAACACCACCUUUCAGCGAUCUACUAUCACCCUUAAAUAGUGGGUCGAUAAAGAAUUCCGAGUAUGCAGUUGAACAUUUUGUAAGUUUGUUUAACAGUUUAUUGACCAACUUGAAUUUGAGAGAAGACAUUUACUCAAUGGGAAAAUUUAGCGAAUAUGUCGCUGAAAAAUUAGAAACAUUACCGAUGGCUAUCGAACGUAGAAACAGUUUAGUUGGUGCAACGGGAAAAGGAGUAUCCGUAAUCUUUGUCGACAGAACGUUAGAUCUUUGCACUUCUACCAGUAAUAAUACGGAAUCGUUGCUAGCCAAGAUAUUGUGCACUUUGUCUCAUUUACCUCAUCACUGCAACGAUGUUGCAAUAAAUAUGUAUCCUUUGUUUAGCGGACCACAGAAAUUUGUCGAUGUGCCAGGAUGCUUGGCAAGCAGCGACAAAACUCUAAUGAAUAUAUUAAUCACGAAAACACAAAAAGAAGUAUUGGCUACUGCAAAUAAAAUGCUCAUCGAUAUACUUCCAACAAAAGAAAAUUUAAAAUUAAGAGAAAAACUGAAACCAAAACCAGCAACAAGGAUUUCCGCGCAUAGUUUAAAGAAACUUGUAAAUAAAUUCAAAGACAUAGAUGAUCUUCAUACUAUAUCAGAAUCGAGCAAAAAACUUCAAGUAGUACUGGGAAUUAUACAAGCCCUAACGUCAGAAAAAACUUCCCGAUUAGAACUAUUAAUUAGUUUCGAGAAACUAGUUUUACAAAACAUAGCUGUGAGUCGUGACUCUACGAGCGUGCUUGGACAAUUAAGUAGUAUAAUAAAAACUCGCGAAAAACAUAAGCUACAUACAGAUAGUAUAUUGGCAUUUUUGGUGCAUAUUUAUGCACUAGCUGGAACUGAAAUACAGUUCUCCCUUCAACAAGAGCAGCAGCUGGAAGAAGCCAUUGCUGAUGCUGUAUUUGAGGAUAUUAUAAAAUUAAAGGGAAAUACAAUGAAGACGUCAAUGUACGAACAAUCUUUGUCGCUUCUCGGUGUUACAGAUGCUGAGACUAUAAAGGAAACGUCUGCAAAAAUAGCAAAACAUAUUAUGACCAUCUUACAUGAAAUAGCACAGCAACGCGCGUCUCUACAUAAUUAUACUUCCUUGAUGUCCAAAUCGAGUUCUCAAGAGAUCGUUCGACGUGUUGGCAUUUUACAACAAUUAUUAACAGAUAUGCUCCAUCCAGAUAGAUUUGAACUUCCCGAUUUACACCAGAGAUCACCCUCGUUUAUUUCUGCUGGACUGAACUUAUUCUCUAAAGGAAGAAUAAAACACCAUCCAUGCGAUAACAAUUGGAUUAUCAUUUACGUCAUUGGAGGUGUAACACCAGAAGAAAUAAGAGAGACUAAAGAAAUUAUAUCGUUAUUCAAUUCAAAUUGUCAAAUAACAAUAGCAGGUUCGAGACUGUUAAAUCCGAUAGACAUAGUGGACAAGGUUCUUCUCUCGUCGAUUGAUUAUUGAAACAGUUAUUGAAUUUUUGCUUUCUAUUUACGCAUUAUUAAGAAUCCAUUUUAUACCAGAAUCAGAGAUUGUAUAACGAAUCUGUUUUACAUUGUCAAUGGAUUGUAAAUGACACAUAAACUCACGAACUACGGUA